CGUCACAUUGGUGUGAGUGAAAUCGCAAAUCUAAACAAAACAAACCAAUCCAAAGCAAGGCGAGAACCGUACCGAAGUGUGUAGCGCAGACAACGAUGGCUGAUACAGUAGCUGAAGUUCCAGCAGCAGCAGCUCCGGCUGCCGUGGCCAAGUCCCCGAAGAAAGCGAAGGCCGCCGCAGGACCCAAAAAGCUUAAGAAGCCAGCAACGCAUCCUCCGGUAAACACGAUGAUCGUGGCCGCCAUCAAGGCGUUGAAAGAGCGCAACGGCUCAUCACUGCAGGCCAUCAAGAAGUACCUGUCGGCCAACUACAAGGUUGACGUGGCCAAGCUGGGACCGUUCAUCAAGAAGGCGUUGAAGACGGGCGUGACCAGUGGCAAGCUGGUGCAGACGAAGGGCGUUGGAGCGUCGGGAUCGUUCAAGCUGUCAGCGGAGGCCAAGAAGCCUGCGGUGGAAAAGAAGAAGGCUGCAGUGCAGAAGAAGAAAUCGGCCUCGGCAGGCGAUAAAAAGAAGAAGACAGUGACCAAGAAGGCUGCUGGCGAGAAGAAGAAGAAGGUAGCAACUAAGAAGGCGGAAGGUGGUGCUGCUAAGAAGGCUAAGGCCACGACUGCUGCCAAGAAACCGAAGGCGGCAGCGGCCACCAAAGCCAGUGGAGCGAAAAAGGUUGCAAAGAAAGCAGUGAAAGCCCCAAAGCAGAAGGCGACCAAGCCCUCGAAGAAGACGGGAGCACCAAAGCCGAAGACGCCAAAGCCGAAGAAGGCCGCUGCGCCCGCCAAGAAGAAGCCCGCAGCGGCAGCGAAAAAGCCAACUGCGGCCAAGAAGUAAAAACAGCGAUUACUAUUGUUGGUAGACGCGCAUUACGUGCUCUGCCAUCAGAUUUGUGUCCUAUAACAACAGUCCUUUUCAGGACUACAACUUGAUUU